AUGAAAGAAAAUCAUUUUAGAGACGAUAGAGCAUGUUCAGAUGGUGGAAAAUUAUCUACUGAUGAUAAAAAUACAUUUACAGACGUAAGAUGUAAAUCUGCAGAUGAUAAAAAAUCUUUUAGAGAUGAUAGAUCAUUUAUAGGUGAUAGAAAAUCAUCUACGGAUGAAAAAAAAUUAUAUACAGAUGAUAUUUUAACUACAGAUGGUAAAAAAUCAGCUGUAGAUGAUGAAAGAUCAUUUGUAGAAGUUGGAAGAUCAUUUAAAGGCGAUAAAAAAUCAUCUAUGGAUGAAAGAGAAUUAUAUACAGAUGAUAUUUUAACUACAGAUGAUAGAAAAUUAUCUGCAGAAGAUAGAAGAUCAGUUAAAGGUGUUAGAAAAUCAUCUACGGAUGAUAAAAGAUCAAUUGCACAAGAUAAUUCAACUACAGAUGGUAGAAAAUCACUUGGAGAUGAUGGAAGAUCAUUUGUAGAAGAUAAAAGAAUAUUUACAGGAGACAGAAAAUCUUCUACAGAUGAAAGAAAAUCAUUUACAGAUGAUAGAUCAAUUAUAGAUAAUGAAAUAUCUCCAUCAGGUGAUAGAAAAUCAUUGGCGGAUGAUAGAAGACCAAUAACGGAUAGAAAAUCUUCUAAAGAUGAUAGAAAAUCAACUAAUGAUGACAGAAAAUCACCUACAGAUGAUACAAAAUCUUCUACAGAUGAUACAAAAUUGUAUACAGAUGAUAGAAAUACACCUAUAGGUGAUAGAAAAUCAUUUACAGACCAUAAAAAAUCAUCUACUUGUGAUAGAAGAUCAUUAGCUGAUAGAAAACUAUAUAAAGAUGAUGGAAAAUCAAAUGCAGAUGGAAGAGAUUCUUCCAGAAACGAUGGAAAUACAUUUACUGCUGAUAGAAAAUCAACUACAGGUAAAAGAAAAUCACUUACGAAUGAUACAAAAUCAUCUGCAGAUGAUAGACAUACAUCUGCAGAUAGAAAACUAUAUAAAGAUGAUAGAAAAUCAAAUGCAGAUGAAAGAGAUUCUUCUAGAGACCAUAGAAAUACAUUUACUGAUGAUAGAAAAUUAUUUACAGAUGAAAGACAAUCACCUAUAGAUGAAAGAAAAUCAUCUAGAGAUGACAAAAAAUUAAUUGCAGCCGGUAGAACAUCUUUUACAGAUCAUAGAUCAUCUACAAAUUAUAGAAAAACAUUUAGAAAUGAUAGAAGAUCAUCUACAGAUGAUGAAGAAUUAUCCAUAGAUGGCAAAAAUUCAGAUGCAGAUGAUAGAAAUGCAGACAAAGGAAAUGCAUUUAUAGGAGAUAGAAAAUCUACAGAUGAUGAAGAACUAUCCGCAGAUGGUAGCAAAUCAUAUGUAGAUGAUAGAUCAUUUACAGGCGAAGGAAAUACAAUUAGAGGACAUAGAAAAUCAAGUGCAGAUGAUAGAAAAUCUUCUGCAGAUAAUAGAAAUACCUUUACAGGGGAAAGAAAUAUACUUGCAAGUGAUGCAAAAUUAUCUGCACAUCGUAGAUCAUCUGCAGAUAAUAGAAAAUCACAUACAGAUGAUAGAAAUAUAUUUAUAGAUGCAAGAAAAUCAUUUACAGACGAUAGACAAGGUAAAAGAAAAUUAUCCACAGAUGAUAGAUACUUAGAUGCAGAUGAUAGAUAUUUUUCAGGCGAAGGAAAUACAUUUAUUGAUGAUAAACCAUCUUCAGAUAAUAGGAAUGUAUUCGCAAGUGAAAGAAAAUCAUCUACUGAUACAAAAUCAUUCAACAAUGAUAGAAAAUCUUUUGCAGCUGAAGAAAAAUCAACUACAGAUGAUAGAAAUAAACUUACAGAUGAUAAAAAAUCAUCCACAGGUGAAAAAAAAUCACCUACAGGUAAUAGAAAAUCAUCUACAGAAAGAAAAUCAUUCACAAAUGAUAGAAAUAUAUUUAGAAAUGAUGUAAAAUCACUCAGAGAUGCUAGAAAAAUACCUGCAGAUGAUAGAAAAUCAUCUACAGAUGAUAGAAAUACAUUUGCAGAUGAUAUAUCAACUACAGAUGAUAGGAAUAUAUUUACAGAAGUUAGAAAUUUAUCUACAGAUGGUAUAAAUACAUUUAUAAAUGAUGGAAAAUCUUCUACAGAUGCUAAAAAAAUACCUACAGGUGAUAGAAAAUCAUCUACAGAUGAUAGAAAUAUAUUUACAGACGUUACAAAUUUAUCUAAAGAUGAUAGAAAUACAUUUGCAGAUGAUAGGUCAGUUACAGGCGAUAGAAAUACAUUGGCAUUUGACAGAAAUUCAUUUGUGGACGAUAGAAAAUCAUAUACAAGCCAUCGAAGAUCAUCUGUUGAUAGAAGAUCAUCUACUAAUGAUAGAAAAACAUUUACAAACCAUGGAAAAUCAUUCACAAAUGAUAAAAAAGCAUCUAGAGAUGAUGGCAAAACAGCUACAGCUAAUAGAUCAUUUAUGGAUUGUCAUAAAUUAUCUAGAGAUGAUCGAAAAUCAUUCCCAGAUAAAGAAGUUGAAAUGCAAGAAGAAUUACAAGACAAACAAGAUUCUUUUCCCUUGCCUAUUAAAAACCAAAACAACAUAAAAAUCAAUCACAUCAAAACCAAGUUAUUAAAAUUGCAUGAAAAAAUGGCGAAAUGCAUUUCCAAAACAAUUUACAAACCUAAUAUCACAAACUCACCUGAUUAUUUGCAAGAGAUACGCUUUGGCUAA